AAUUUUCACCGAUUCCAGUCUGCUAUCAUCACAUAUAUACAUCAGAGGUGUAAUUUUAUUAACGUUAAUCAGUAUUCUUUAUUUUGGAAAAUUAAAAAGAAUCGGGCAUUUUGAUAUUGCCGAGCGUUUUAAAGUCUUCUUGACGUGAUUGACUCUCAACUUCUCACUGACGAUCUAUUUUUUUACCCAUAAAAACAGGAAAGUUGAAACUUGAAACAACAAGACCUACAAGACAAUGGACGUAAGACAAUUAGUGGCUUCGAUUGUGCAGUUUUUGACUCGACAAUUGGAAGAUGGAGGAUUAACAGCAGACUCACGGGAAAGUCUCGAGGUUGCGAUUCAAUGCUUGGAAAGUGCCUACAAUGUUCAGGCCUCUGAUGCUCCACCAGAUACUUUUCUGACGAUAGGCGGUGGUGGUGGUGGCGGUUCAUCGCGCGUUGUCAACGAAACUCCAACUUUAGGUCCGCAAGCAACAGCAGAGCAAAAGGCUGAGGCUGAAAGGCUGAAAAAUGAAGGAAACGAUCUUGUUAAAGCUGAAAAAUUACACGAAGCACUGGCUAAUUAUACACAGGCAAUACAAUUGGACGGACACAAUGCAGUUUAUUACUGUAAUCGAGCGGCAGUUCACAGCAAAAUGGGAAAUUUCAAUUCAGUAAUAUCGGACUGUAAGAUUGCAUUGUCAAUUGAUCAAUUCUACAGUAAAGCAUAUGGACGAAUGGGUUUGGCCUAUUCUAGUUUACAAAAUUAUAAGGAGGCAAAGGAAUGUUUUCAAAAGGCACUUGAAAUGGAGCCCGAUAAUGAGAGUUAUCGAAAUAAUUUACAAUUAGCUGAGGAGAAAAUAGCUCAACAAGGUUUGGGUUCAUUGGGUUUGGGUGGCUCUUUAUCGAAUGUUGAUCUUGGCCAAAUUCUACGAAAUCCCGCACUUAUGCAAAUGGCAAGACAAAUGCUCACCGAUCCAAAUAUGCAAAACGUUAUGAGCAAUAUUAUUAGUGCCAGUGGUGCACAAGGCGAUCGCAUUGAAGCUCUCAUUGAGGCAGGACAGCAAUUAGCUCAACAAAUGGAAAGUGCAAAUCCCGAUUUAAUAGAAUCCCUAAGACGACAAAUGGGCGGAAAUUCAAAUGAUCCUGAUCCAAAUACCAAUUAACAUAGUCGCAAUAUUCGACUCAAACGAUUUGCAAGUUACAAAAAUUCAAAAAUUAUCCAAUAUGAAUUUUCAUAAUUAAAAAAAAAGAGAAAAAAACUAGAAAGUUCCUGUUUUUGUUUUUUUGAGAAAAAGUUAUUCAAUUUUAACGGUUGAAACUAACAAUAAUUUAAAUUACAAUUUAUAGACAUUUUUCAAUAGUUUAGUAUUUGAUAUAUAAUUAUUAAAAUUAACCCGCUAUUGUAUAUUGAUAACUUUUUAAAUUGAAAAGUAAUUGCUUUUGUAUAUAAUGAUAGUUCGGCAUUUUUUUUUUUUUUUUUAUCUAAAGUCUGAUUUGUAUGUAUUUUAUAUAGAAUAAACUUUUGAAAGUGA